AUUUCCAUUUCAGUGUUUCAUCGUCUAGGCACAAUUGCUAGAGGAUGCUCUGAACAUUUUUUUCCGGCAAAAGAAGAGAAUAUUGUGAAAAAAAAGAGAUUGUUCUAGUUUCUCUUCUCUUAAAAUAUCCUUGAAAUUUGUUGGUGAUUUUUUAUUUCGUGAGAGAAAAUGAUUUUGCUGUAUUUAGAGCCACUUCUGUGCGGCAUGCGCCGUCCGUCACUGGAUCAUCACGAUGGCGACUUGAGUCGUCUCACAUCCGCGUCCUCACCGGCCGAAGGAAGUCUAGCACCGUGCCCGAGUGACGAGGUUAAAGUGGAGAUAGCUCCGUCGUAUUUACCCAAGAUCAUUGAACCAUUGGACUGGCAAAAUACGCGAAAGCGGAAGGAGAGGCAAGACAGCACGUCCUCCCAGACACAGGAUAGAAAAUUGGUAAGAUCAAACAGUGAAGAGCAUAUCAGUGUGUCGGAGUAUGAUGUGAUUCGGCGUGUGUCAUCCCAUGAGGAUUUUAAGAAACCACUGCCACCUCGGACCACACUCGAGCCACAUCAGCCCGUGGAGCAGGAUGGUGGUCAAGAGGCGCCUACUGAAGAGCUAUCGCCAAGUCAUGAGGUGAAGCGCAAAGAGGCAGAUGUUUCCGAUGGGGAGCAUGAGAGGAGGCGUAGUAGUGAGCGAUUUUCGCGCACAAGAGCUCCUCCCGGAAGAAAAGCACUGUCACCAAGGAAGCCAGGGAAGCAUGUUGUGGCCAAAUUGAGAGAUGAGAAUCUCUACAAGUAUGACAAUUCGGCAUUAAAGCAUGAACGCAGGGGUUUUGUCAGUCGUGAAAGAUCAUCAAAGGCCAAAGAUGUCAGUGACACAUCUUCAGCCUCUGACUUACUUUCACCCGUGUCUGAUUUCAAUGACAACAAUCUCAUUGAUCUCAAUGAGGAGGCUGAAGCCAAGAAUCAGAGUGUCCCUCAGGAGAUUUUGCCAUGGAAUGUGCCAUUCCACGAGGAUUCCCCAGUUGUAUGUCCACGUUUUGCUGAAAAUACUUUUGAUCAUGUGCAUAAUUUCAGUGAGAACUAUGCCAAAGUUCGCAGUGUGCCGUCGCUCAAUGAGAUGAAAACGGACAAGUUUACUAGCAUUGAAAAUAUUAAGACGCGGGAUCUCAUGAAGAAGAUGCCAAAUGUUGCUAUAACACCGGAUGAACGAGUUAAGCAGAUUAGCAAUCGUUUGUCAAAGCUGAAGAAGCGUUUGGCUCAAUUUGAGGAGAACUUUGAGAAGGACAAUGGAUACAAACCAUCACGCAUUGAAAUGGUGAAUGACAAGGCUAUGAAAAGUAUUGUGUCGGAGAUUCAGAUGUUAAAGCGCGAGAAGCAUUGCAUCAAGAGUGAUCCUAUUGUUGGAUUAAUGGAUGCCAGAGACACCACAAUGUCUCAGGAUAAGCCACAUGGAGAUAUUAAGUUGAGUCAAAUGCAAAAGACACUCACAGACAUUGAAAUGGUUUUGGAGGAACGUCGCAAGGAAGAGCAUUGUCCAGUGGCGAUGGAGGAAUUGUCAGUGGAGCAAUUGAUGCAAGAAAAGACAGCUAUUCAGCGUGGAUUGUUGUAUCUGGAAUCAAUCUAUGGACGUCCAACUUCGCGAGAAGAAAGAGAUUUAGCACGUCCAAUCUAUGAUAGAUAUCGGCAAAUCAAGCGGAUGCUCAACAGGAGUUCAGUGCUGAAUGGAUCCGGAGGAGGGGUGGCUGAAUUACCAACAAUUUUGGAACAUGAAGCCAUGGCAUUCACCGUGACAGCAGCUCCGUCGACUGACGUAACACCACCAUCAGUUCCGUCUGCUGUUGAGUCACCGUCGGAAACUACCAUUUCAUCGGGAAAAUCUACAGAUUCCACAGAAGAUACCUCCAGUUCUGUCAAUGACAACGUACAUACACUAUCAAUACAUGAAUUGUGGCAGCAAUUGGAUGCUGUGAGAGAUGAGAAGAGGGACCUAAGACGUACUAUCAAGGAAUUUGAGCACUCUUUUGAGAAGGAGAACGGCCGGAAGAUGCUGAAAAGUGACAGAAAAGCCAUUGAGGAGACGUAUGCGCUGUACAAGCAGAAAAAGGGGAAACUCAGACUGCUAGAUGCACUCGUGAAAAAGCACAUGUCGUACUAGAAGCAACGAAUUCCCUUUCUUUGGUUAGUAUUCUCCUAAUCUUUUCUUCUUUCUUAUAACUUUUCUGUUCAACUUCCCAAACAAAUAUCCCUCAAUUUUUCCUUUUUGGUAUAUGAUAGCGAUGAAUAUUUUGCUGACAGUGGCGAUUAGAACAGGAACAAUUUUUAUUGAAUCAUAAUACAAAAUGCUCAUUUUAUUACUUUUAAGAAAUAUGUGAUUUUUAAAAAUUCUAUUUAUUCAAUUUUAAGUAUUUUUAUUAUUACUUUUUUUUUAAAGAAAUUAAUAUGGGUAAUUGGAAAAUAAGAGAUAUUAUUGAAUAUUUGAGUUCAUUGUGAAAAAAAACUUUUUCAAGACGUAACGUUGGCUUGCAAAUGCAAUUUUAAAACAUGUUAUCCUGGUAAAAAUAAAAGGUUCACUGGAGGCCUUUUUUAAAGAAUAUUGGCCCAAAAGGAUGCGUCAAAAUGUCCUAAAUUCGAUCCUGUGAAAGAGAUUGAAAGUUAAGCAUAUACUUCAGGAGAGAAAACUACAUAAAAAUUGCAUAAAUAGAAUAUUCUGUCAAGUGUCUGAUUAUUUUAUGUUCCAGACGUAAAAAUGGCAGGAGUUCAAAGGUCAUGAAAGAACUCUUCAGGAAAACUUAGGCAACAUCAUAAAGAUAGCAUAUAUAUACUCCGGAGUUAGUUUGGGAUGUUUUAUGAGGUAGGACGUUCCAGUUGAGGAAGAAAAAUCCAUAUAAGGCAUUGUGGUAGCUUCCCGUCACCACAAGCUUAACUCUUUCCGGACAGCAGCAUAUGCUGCAAGCCAAUUCCACAAUUUUUUAAUCAAAAAUAUCUAAGCUCAGGAAUUAAUUGAGGUCCUACAAAAAAUAUCUUACAUUUGGAUAUCCUUAUAGUUUGUAAUCAUCCACAAGAAUAGAAUUUUUAUCAGUUCUGAAUAAUUAAAAAAGAUUGUUUUUCACAGAACAUUCAUAUGCUGCUUUGGGUACUCAGAGUCCCAAAAGAGACGAAAGAGUUAAAAUCAUCUGCUUCUGACAUUCUUUCUCUUUCGAGGUGUAACCAUUACCGGCUAGCGUCUCUUGCCCUCAGAAGAUCCUCGCUAGCCCUCAAGUUUUGUCUUUCGUACACUGUGAAAAAAAGAGGGUGCGAUUAACAUUUUUUCCUCAGAAAUUUAACACUUUUUAAGUGUAAAAUUAUAUCAACAUUUUUUAUUGUUAAAUUUACACCUUUUUAAGGAUAAAAUUAACAUGAAAAAGGGUAACUUUAACCCAUAAUACACCUAAAAAGGGUAAUAUUUACACCGAUUUUGGAUCAAUACUGCAGUGUAAAAUUAACAUUUCCGGAAUGUUAUUUUAACUUUUUCGGAUUUCUCUCAGUAUAGAAAAGUAAAGGAAGAUUUUUCUCUAGAGGCCUGUUAGUGACAUUUCCAUUAAUGAUCACUACUGUCAGAUUAGUUUUGGGAACUCAUGAAGUGGGAUUGGGAAUAAGAGAGGGCAAGGCCCAGGCCCCUAUUCACGAAAGUCAACGGAAUUUCCUUCGCUUAGCCAAGCAAAGCACUCCUCAAAUCGUAUCUGAAAUUCAUGUAAUUUCAAUUCAAUUUUAUUAAUUUAAAAUAGAACAAACUGUCCUCUGUACAAAAAUGGUCCUAUGCAAUAAAGUAAGUUAAAUUAAGAUCCUGUAGAGGCCACAUGACUCAGGAUAAGCCCCCUCUUUCGCUCUCUGAGCAAAGUGUUCCAGAGUAUGACACCCUCUAUAAAAAUUGUGUUGCGAAAAUUGCAACUGUCUGAACCAGGUACACGGAGGCAUUAAGACCUGGAAGAUGAUCUAGCAACCACAAAUUCUGCGAGGUACCACGGCUUACCAAGUGGAGAGAAGCCUAGAGAUGAAAUCCACCACACGGUUAUCGAGAUAACCAGGUAGUGGAAGACCGAGAAAACAGUCGAUAAAUGCAGAAAUAUGAUAAUAUUUACAAAGUCCGAAAACAUACCGCAAAAAUUAGUUAAAUGCCAGCCUCAGACGAGUUUGAGCGUCAUAAUGUGUUCGAAAGAACAGCUAAUAGAAAUUAAAAGUCAGGAAGUCAACCAAAAACCAUAGUUUUGGAGCGGAAUGAGAAAAGUGGUUAGAAAAAGAAGAAUGUUAAUUUAAUUCAAAACUUGCUCCAAAUGGAAAUUUUUCGCUAUUCCAAAUGGAAACGUCACUGUUUUCAUGAUAAAUACAGUACAAAAUUAUUAUAUUUAUAUAUUUUCUACACCACAGUUUCAUUAUUUAGUUAAUUUUGCUCCAAACAAAGCGAAAAUUCAUUCAUAUUCACAAAUUUCCAUUUGUUAAUUUCUCAGAAAAAUAAAAAGUGUAUCUUUUCACCAUCGAAUUUUUCAUCGAUAGACCAUGUUUUCCAAUGAAAAACACAAUAUGGUGACUGUUGUUUAUUCAUUUUGUUUAACAUUUAUGUCAUAUUUCUGGCUAAUUUUAGUUAAAUUAAGUGUCAAUCUUUAUUGUUAACGAUACGUGAAGUUUUCAAAUGAAAUAAUUACCUAUUUCGUGAACAAAAAGGGUUUUUCUGAAGUGUCUGCAAAUGCUUCAAUAGGAAACACCGAAAAUAUGAUUUUUUUUUGGAGAGAUUUUCUUAUUGUUUUAGAUGGGAAAGUUGAGAAAGUUUAGAGGAAUGUUGAGUUGCUUCUUGAAAAGUUCUUACACUUUCCAUCCUUUUGUCCUGAAUCCCAGGCUUUCGGCAGCUUUCGUCUGGCUUCUGAGCAAUAGUCUUGAGUUCCUUGAACCGAAUUAUAAACUUCCGGACGGUGGAUUUGUACAUUUCUCGGUCAAUCUUCGCAAUUUUUGCAUAAUUCGCAUUUGGAUUUUUGAGAUAACUGUCAACCGUUAAUCUUCGCAUGCUCUCCAUCCUUUUGCAAUUACUCAGUCAAAAAUCAAUAAUUUUUAAGAAGUUCACCAAAAGAAAACUGAUUUAAAUUCUCUUGAAAUGAUUUAACUUCAUAAAUCGUUCUCUUACGCAGAUGAUUUGGCUUUAGCCGUAGACGCUACAAUUUUCAAACACGUUGAAAAUCAGAAAUCGUUUUGAAAAUGUACAGGGUAGGGGUCAACGAAGUUUAAAAGUCGAUUGCUCAUACCAUUUGGCCUCUAGUCCGUUUUAAAAUUGAUAAUAGGCGAUUAUCGCUCUCUCUUUGAGUUCGUGCGAUAAAAUGAGUUAGAAGAAAUACUCAUUUGACCCAUUUGAAAGCAUCACUAACGGUUUACAAUGAACCUUUUACUUUUGCUAAGAUUUUUUACAAUGAAAUUUGUGUAUCCUUUUGAAGAAUAUACUAACUACUUUCUCUAUAAAAUCCUCUAUCUAUUCUGUUUAAAUUUUGACAAUUGUUAAAGAUUUAUUUUUGAUAUUAAAUCUUAGGGUAAGUGUGCCAAAUUUCGGCAUAGUUGCAUAUAAGCACCGAAGUCCUAAGUUUGAAAUGCAAUAUUUUUAAUUCAUAUUGAUAUUUUUCUGUUACUUCCUUUUCGGGAAGGUUGUGUGGAACCUUGAAAAGUAGUUUAUCAUCUUUGUUUUCUUUAAAUCACUUCCUAAAAUAUUGAAAAAUUAAUAAAAAUAUGGACAUUGGGUUGGGUAGUAUUCUGGACACUUUGAAUGAAAUACCGUCCACCUUUUUUCUGACCACCUUUUGUGUAAUUUGCGGUCUUUGUGGUAAUACAUUCUAAAAUGAAUAAAUAUUUAAAAGCAAAAUGAAUUCAUUGACUAUUCGAAGAUUGCAUACAUAAUUUUAAUUAAUUUAUUUGCAUGGCCGAAAUUACACUCAAAGUGGCCGAAAUUAAAAGCUGGCCGAAAUUUGGCACACUUCCCCUAUGUGUUUUGUGUCAAAUUUAUUAUGGUUGUCUCCUCUAAUCCUGAAAUCUAAUUCAGAUUCCUAAAUUCUAUUUUGUUGAUUGAAUGCUUCAAUACAGCAAGUUCGAAUAAAACUGUUCUGUUUUUUUUUUUUUUAUUUUCCUUUCGAUUUUUUGGAGCUUAGCGAAAAUUGUGUAUAUGCUGGACUGUUCGUAAUCGCCACUGUAUUAUGAAGAGAAAAAAAAUGUAAUCAAAGAGGAUGAUAUUGAAAUCUUUUUGAUGGGCAAAAUAGUAUUGCUGAAAUCUAAAAUAUAAUAUUGUGCUUUGGAAAAAAAAAGAUUACAAAAAAAAGAGAAUUUUCCAUUUCGAAGGGAUUUAUUUUAAUUGUAGUGAAGAAAAGAGAAUAAUUGUGGUGUGUGAAGAAAUAGAAGGAUCUUUAGGAUGAUGAUUUCUUAUAGAGAGAAGGAGAUGUGCUCUAUCUAUACACAUUUUACUAUUACAUUUAGAAUAAUGUACAAAUUAAGCAAGAAUCCAAGUUUUAGAGAGACAGUCAUCAUUGAAGACUAGAAUCACACAUAUUUUAUUUGAUAUUUUGUAUAAGAAAUUUGAGGGAGAGAAAGAAAGAGAAAGACGAGAAGGAUAUUAAUUCACUCCAUUUCUCGAUGAGUUUCUUUUUUGCGAUUUUCGAACAUUUCAAAAGAAAUCAGUAGCAGAUCAUAACAAAGUUUAAAAAGAGAAAAAAAAACAAGAGAGAUAUUGAUGAUUAAAAUCUAACAAAAUAAAAAAAACAUUACUAAAAAAAAGAAAGAGAAGAAAACAUAUAAUGAUAGAAAUCUGUGAUAAUUUAUUUUUUCGGAUUUGUGGACUUUUGCGGAAAAAAACUCUUUCAUUUAUUUUGUCAACCUGACUUUCAUCUUUUUUCUAUUUCUAAUUGUUAGAGAAAAAAAAGUACUAAAAAGAAAAAGUUGAUAUUGAAGAUGAGCUGAAGAUGUUGCCAGAAAAAAAUGAUAAAUGUUUGAAGGAGUAUGAUCGAAAGAAAAUAAAAGUUAUUAUUUAAUUUAUAUGUAGUAAGUAAUUUCAUAAAUUCAUUCUGAUGUACCUUAUUAAAUUAUUAGUGUAUUUUAGGAGCUUUCUAUUAAUACUGUUUGUUUUCUUUUGUCCUGAGACAAUUGAUUUAUCCUUUUAAUUUUGUAUAUUUGGAGAGAGUUAUAUAUUGGAGAAAAGAAGAAAUUCUCGAAGUGAUUUUUGAUGUAGGAAAUGGAAGAAGAAAUUGAGAUGGAAAUUUAAAGAGAUAUUUCACUGAUAUAAUGAAGAGAAAAAAAUGAUAUUGACUUGAAAAUGAAACAAAAUAGGACUGUCUUCUGCAUGAUAUCAAGAAAUGAGAGGAUAAGAGAUACAGAAGUAUAUAUUUUUGAAUUAUUCACUAAAAAUAGAAGAUGAAUGUGAGGAAAAAUAAUGAAAAUUUAGAGAUUUACGUAGCGCGUAUUUCCCUUUUCUUCCCUUUAUUCUUUAUUUUUUUACCCUUCCCCUUAAUAUCCCCUUUUACAGCAUUAUACUCUUAUUUCCUGUAACAGUGAUUAACAAUGCAUUGAUGGGAGUCUAAUACGAAUGUAAGAUGAAUAUAAUGUGAAGAAAGAGAAAUGAGAAAGAAUAUGAUUUUUUUUCUGUAAUAAGGACUUAUUAUUGACAUAUAUAUUAUAUACAUGUAUUUUAUGAUUAAAAAAUUCAACAUAUAAGGUUUUCAGAGAAUAUUGAAAAUGAAA